CCCUCCCCAGCCCGCGGCCCGCCCCAGUGAAUGAAAUCUUGCCGGGCCCCGGGUCACUCAGUUCCCGAUUCUGUACGGGACAACAGCAACUCGGGCUCUGCCGGCUGCGAAGGAUGGGCGAGCUCUCUGCUCCGGGGUGCACCGGGAGGCAGGCCCGAGGCCUCGGGCUGCAGCUACAGCUACAGCUGCUCCUGUCGCUGCUGCUCCUGCAGCCGUCGCUGGGCUGGACCUCCGGGGCUGCCCGGCCACCCCACGUGGUCUUCGUGCUGGCAGACGACCUGGGCUGGAACGACGUGGGCUUCCACGGCUCGGUCAUCCGCACGCCGCACCUGGAUGCGCUGGCGGCCGGCGGGGUGGUCCUGGACAACUACUACGUGCAGCCGCUGUGCACACCCUCGCGGAGCCAGCUGCUCACCGGGCGCUAUCAGAUCCAUAUGGGCUUACAGCAUUACCUCAUCAAGACCUGUCAGCCCAGCUGUGUUCCCCUGGAUGAAAAACUCCUGCCCCAGCUCCUAAAGGAAGCAGGCUAUGCUACGCAUAUGGUCGGAAAAUGGCACCUGGGAAUGCGCCAGAAAGAAUGUCUGCCAACACGCCGAGGAUUCGAUACCUACUUCGGCUAUCUCCUAGGCAGUGAAAACUAUUACACCCACGAGGUCUGCGCACUAAUUGAGCCUUUGAAUGUUACGCGGUGUGCUCUUGAUUUCCGAGAUGGUGAAGAACCCGCGAAAGAGUAUACAAAUAUUUAUUCAACAAACAUAUUUAGCAAAAGGGCUACAACCCUCAUAGCUAACCACCCACCAGAGAAGCCGCUCUUCCUCUACCUUGCUCUCCAGUCGGUCCACGAUCCCCUUCAGGUCCCCGAGGAGUACAUGAAGCCGUAUGACUUUAUCCAAGAUAAGCACAGACGUAUUUAUGCAGGGAUGGUGUCCCUCAUGGACGAAGCAGUGGGAAAUGUCACCGCAGCCUUGAGAAACCAUGGGCUCUGGAACAACACGGUGUUCAUCUUCUCCACAGACAACGGUGGGCAGACUCUGUCUGGGGGCAACAACUGGCCGCUUCGCGGAAGGAAAUGGACCCUGUGGGAAGGAGGCAUCCGUGGGGUAAGCUUUGUGGCAAGCCCCUUGCUGAAACAGAAAGGCGUGAAGAGCCGGGAACUCAUUCACAUCUCAGACUGGCUUCCAACACUGGUGAAUCUGGCCGGGGGAAGCACCAACGGUACCAAGCCUCUGGACGGCUUCGACGUGUGGAGAACCAUCAGCGAAGGAGUCCCAUCCCCCAGAGUGGAGCUGCUGCAUAACAUUGACCGGGACUUCUUUGACAGUUCACCGUGUCCUGGCCAGAGCAUGGCUGCAGAAAAGAACGAUUCUUUUCCAAUAGAAUAUUCUGCCUUUAACACAUCGAUCCAUGCCGGGAUUCGAUACAAAAACUGGAAACUCCUCACGGGCUACCCAGGCUGUGGUCACUGGAUCCCGCCUCCAUCUCAGUCCAACGUUUCUGAGAUCCGUUCGCUGGACUCAUCAACCAAGACUGUCUGGCUGUUUGAUAUCGAUCAGGACCCUGAAGAAAAACACGACCUGUCCCGGGAGCAUCCCCACAUCGUCCUGAAGCUCCUUUCCCGCCUGCAGCACUACCACGAGCACUCUGUGCCUUCCUACUUCCCGCCUAUGGACCCCCGCUGUGAUCCCAAGGAUACUGGUGUCUGGAGCCCCUGGAUGUAGAGAUGGAGGGGGGAGCUGGAGCACAUUUAUGGGCAGGCUGGACCUCAGGUCCCUGCUCUACUGUCUUUUCUAAAAGUCACCCCCCCCCUCACCUGGCCCUCAGGCUACAUAACCCACCAAAGGAGUUCAGUUUCAACCCACAGAACAUUUCAAAAGCCAGUAAAAUCUGGACGGAUCCUGCUGUUGGCUGGAGUUAGUGUCUGGAGGCCAAGGUGGCUGGGUUCAUCCUGCUUUCUAGACUCCAGUCGCUGGGAACUUGACAUAGGAAGCUAUCCCUGAGUUCCUGAGGCCAGAGCAGCUGGCUCUUUUUGCUUCACAAGUCAAUCAUUAGAAUUCCCUCUGCUAAUAACCAGUUUUAUUGGCAAGACACAUGUCUUGUAACAAAGGCGGGGAGCAGAUGAUUGCUGGUGAUUCUGUUGGCUGUGAGGGCUCUGUGCCUGUGAGAUCUCGUUCAGCUUUCCAGAUCCAUGACCCAUGGGCCACCGCUCACUGACUCACCUUGCUGUGGAGCAUAAAGCCCACUGUAAUAAGCCAGCACGGAGGAUGCCUGUGCCUUGGCUUAGGUUUCCACCACCACUAAAUACAUUUUUCUCCUACUUCCCCCACCUGCGGUUGCUCAAUCUGUCUAGACUUCCGCCACCCCAGCUUGUGUGGCUCUGUUUCUGUUAUGCCCUUGGACUUCACUGUCCUUUCCCUGAGGACACUUUCCCCUCCACUCUGAGCAUCCUGAGCUCUGGGAGAGUCCCAAGCCCCGUCCAGAGGAGGUAGACUGGUCAUUCCGUGGCCAUGCUCGUGGGAGUUGUGGGUCCGUGGCAUCUGCUAAGCAGGUCUGUUCCAGCUGCAUGGGAGCAGUACGCAAUGAUCUGUGCUGUUUUCUCAAUCAGUGGGAAGAGGAGCCAGGAAAGCACUUUCAUUCUGAGGUGAUGGAAGGGGCAGUUUGAGAAAGGGACUGACCAAUGUCUGGUAUGUUGGCCUUAGUAAAGCAGGGAGACGCCAUCCCUAUUCCUCUCAUUCUCUGUUUCACUGCCUCAUACUGGGGUUCUGGGGUUGAAGAAUGAGGAUACAGUAUUUGAUCUUCAGCCUUUUCUCAGACCCUCUUAUUUCCUACCAAUGUGACUCCAUCCAGAUUAGCCUCAGAGAGUGUCAAACCCAGAUAGCAAAUAUAGUGUCAAAAGCAGAUGCAAAGCUGCUUCUCAUCAGCACUGUUGCCUUGUUCAAGGCUUAUCACCAACACCCACGGCAGGGCCAGGGAUUUAAUAGGCACCCAGUAUAUUUUUUAAAUGAAUGAAUGAACUGAAGAAACAGGAAAGACUCACCAUGAAAGAUCCUUUGUCGAAUGAGCUGACCAACAGUAGUGUAAAUUGCUAGUCUGUCCUUAAGCUGCCCCCUCCACCCUGGUGGGAGCAAGAGCUGCGCAUCUGGACAGUCUCUGGCCCGACAUGGCAGGGCUGUGAUGUUCUGUCCAGGGAGACAAAAGAGAAUCAUUUUUCCUAGUUAUUCUCCAUUGCCAACAAUCUCUAUUUCCAUUCUUCAUUGAACACCAGAAAUUAAAACCAUCAAAUAAUAUGAUAUAAGUCCUCAUGUACAGCCACCUUCAGUUCGUAGCAGUAUUUUCUGGUCAUUAAUAGUCUGAAUUUUAUUGUGAUAAAACUAUUACAAGAAAAUGGUGCUAAAGCUAAUGACAUCUUUUACCAACCUUUACGCAACUGAGCUGGCAGAUAGCUGACCACCAGGCCACCUCCUGCUCCAGAGCAAUGGCAGAGGUGACUCUGGAUGCCCCUUCUGUCCCACAGCUGUCAGUGGCUGUCAGUCUUCUGGGACCAAAGGUUUCUGCUUCAUAACACCUAUUUGAAUUUUCCUUAUUAUUCUCUGAGCAGCUACCCUCAGUUCUAGCUCUUGGGCUGUCUUGAUCGUGGGCUAUCUUGGAAAUGUUAGCAUUUGAGUGGGUUAAAGAAGACUUUCAGACAGUCAUGUUUAAAAUGGCUAGAGAUUCUGUUUAAUCAAACAAAUAGAAUGGCAUGGACCUAUCUCCUUAGAUUUUCAUGUUUUACACAAAAAGAAAAGAUUUAUAACUAUCUUUAGGAAUAUUGAUGUUAGUUCUUUCUAAUGUGUUUGCCUUUACAGAAAGUUUUGUUUAUUAAUGUGCAAACUCAUCCCUUUGUUACCACGUGAGUGUUUCAGAUUUGAGGGACAAAAUAAAAUUGAUCUUUCUAAAACUA